AUGGUCCAGAAAGAGGCCAGCAAGCUGGAGGACACACAGAGCCCCUCCAGCCACGAUGGAGAAGCCGGAGGCGAGAAGGGCGGCGAUGUCAGCAAGGCCAAGACCAGCCCGGCCGCGGUCGAGGACGCGACCCAGUAUCCUAGUGUACUGGCCGCCAACCUGUUGAUGGUGGCCAUAUGCAUUGCCAUCUUCCUAGUCUCUCUCGACCGAACUGUGGUCGCGACAGCUGUUCCACGCAUCACCGACGAGUUCCAUUCCUUCGGCGACAUAGGCUGGUAUGCCGGUGCUUACGCCCUCUCCGGCUGCGCCAUGCAGCUGCCAAUCGGCCGGUUCUACAGCUUCUAUUCGCCCAAGAUGGUUUACUCGGUGCUUCUUUUCAUCUUCAUUAUUGGAUCCGCCAUAGGAGCCGGGGCGCCAAACUCGGCUGCCAUCAUUGUCGGGCGCGCAAUCCAGGGUGUCGGCUGCGCCGGCGUAUUCUCCGGGUCCAUUAUCCUGCUCAUGGGUAGUAUCCCUCUUCAGAAGCGUCCGAUGUAUGUGGGGGCCGCCAUGGCAACCAUGAGCAUUUCUUCCAUCAUUGGCCCCCUGAUCGGCGGUGCAUUGACAGACGGCCCUGGAUGGCGCUGGUGCUUUAUCAUCAACAUACCUUUGGGGAUGGCUACCAUUGUUGUCGUGUACCUGACCGUCAAGCACAUCCCGGGCAAGGAGCAGGCGUCCAAGACAUUCGUGGAGAAGCUGAAGCACCUGGAUCCUCUCGGCGCGUCCGUGCUCAUCCCCAGCGUUAUCUGCCUCGUCUUGGCCCUGCAGUGGGGAGGCGCAGAGUAUGCCUGGGCCAGUUGGCGCAUCAUACUCCUCCUGGUAUUCGCCGGCGUCCUCGGAAUUGCCUUUGUCGUCGUGCAAGCAAAGAUGCCUGAAACGGCGACAGUCGCCCCCAAGGUCAUCCGUCAGCGCUCGGUCCUAUCGUGUCUCCUUUACUCGACGUGCAGUGGUGGCGCCAUGAUGGUUGUGGUGUACUGGAUCCCCAUUUGGUUCCAGGCCAUCAAAGGUGCCACGCCCGUUAAGUCGGGCGAGAUGACUAUCCCGCUCCUUCUCUCUCAGUCCCUAUCAUCCAUCAUGGCUGGGUUCCUCGUGUCCAAAGUUGUUGGAUACGCGCCACCAUUCAUGCUCGCCGCGUCGGUUAUCAUGUCUAUCGGUACUGGUCUUCUCACGACGCUAAAGAUCACCUCGGGUCAUCCGGAGUGGAUAGGGUACCAGGUACUUUUUGGCUUCGGGUUGGGCUUCGGAAUGCAGCAGUCGUCCAAUGCUGUUCAGGCUAUACUCAGCAAGGAAGACUUCAACUCAGCAAUAUCACUCUUCUUUUUUGGCAUGCAGCUCGGCGGCUCCGUUUGUGUCUGUAUUGGACAAAACGUGCUCAACCAGAAGCUAAUAGGGUCACUGAAGGAUGCAGGAAUCGCAGGGCUGGACCCGUACGCCGUACUCCAUACAGGCGCGACUCAACUUGGAAAGCUUGUGCACAACGAGGCAGACCUUGAGAAGUUGCAGUUUGCGUACAACAAGUCGCUCACAUCGGUUUUCUAUGUCGCGGUUGCGGUAGCGGUGGCAUCUAUUUUUGGCGGUCUGUUUGUGGAGUGGAAAAGCAUCAAGGGUUCGGAUCGCAACCCCUUCGAGGAUUAAUGAUGAGAACAUUUGUCAAUGUUUUCGAGGAUGAGAAGGGCCAUGGGCACGGUCGCUUUAUGGCGUGACGGGCGUCGCUGCGGAAGGAUUUUGACUCUUUCGUUCAUGCGGACAGCAACUCAUAUCUGCUCCAUAUUGUUUAACAACAUACAUGUGUAAUCGAU